CGUUAUUCGACGCCGAAUCCUCUCGAUCCCUUCCCCUCCUCCUCCUCCUCCUCCUCUCUCUCUCUCUCUCUCUCUCUCUCUCUACCUCUCUCUCUUUCCUCGCUCGAUCCUCUCCCUUUAGCUUCGAUUUGGGGGAUAAGGGUUUCGUCCUCCUCGAUCCACCCACCGAUCCGCCGAUCGAUCCGUGGUUGCUGCGGGAGGGAAAUGGCGCAGGCGGUGGAGGAAUGGUACAAGCAGAUGCCCAUCAUCACCCGCUCCUACCUCACCGCCGCCGUCGUCACCACCGUCGGAUGCUCCCUCGACAUCAUAUCGCCCUAUGAUUUGUAUCUAAAUCCCGAACGCGUUGUUCAGCAAUAUGAGAUCUGGCGCCUUGUGACAAACUUCCUGUACUUCCGGAAAAUGGAUUUGGACUUUCUGUUCCACAUGUUUUUCCUUGCACGAUACUGCAAACUACUGGAGGAAAACUCAUUCAGGGGACGGACUGCGGAUUUUUUCUACAUGCUCUUAUUCGGUGCCACUGUUCUCACUGGGAUUGUUCUUAUUGGAGGGAUGAUACCAUAUAUUUCCGAGACUUUUGCCAAAAUUUUUUUCCUUAGCAACUCAUUGACUUUCAUGAUGGUCUAUGUGUGGAGCAAACAUAACCCUUUCAUCCACAUGAGUUUCUUGGGCCUUUUUACCUUCACUGCAGCUUAUCUACCAUGGGUGCUUCUUGGGUUCUCAAUUCUUGUUGGUAGCAGUACAUGGGUGGAUCUCUUGGGCAUGAUAGCUGGCCAUGCAUACUACUUUCUCGAGGACGUGUAUCCGCGCAUGACGGGCCGACGCCCCCUUAAGACUCCCCAGUUCAUCAAAGCGCUCUUUGCCGAUGAGGCUGUCGUAGUCGCCCGGCCAGCGAAUGCACGGUUUGCCCCUCCGCCUCCACAGCCACAGGAUCCUCACCAAGAUUAAAGGAGCGAACGCUUCUUCUGCAAAAGAUCUCUCCAGUUUCAUCGGCAAUGAUACGCAGGUGAUGUCAAUGUGCCGGUCCCAAGCGACUUCUCUCCUGAUCUGAGAGGAAUGACCUAUGUAAACAAACCUUUUGGUCUGUGUUGUAGAGGAAUUAGGUUGUGAGAUCAUUGCUUUCUUCUUUUUUCAAAUAUAGUUUAAAGCGCAUUUUAGUGGUCAAACAUAAUAAACCUAAUUUUUCUAUGAUGUGAGGUAACUGAUACAUCAUUAGUGCUACUGCUACUUGGAUGCGAAGUAUACCGGGGUAACUGCAUCUGUAUGGUGUUUCAUCCAUGAUAUGUUGCAGCAUAAUUUAACUGUGAAUGUAGUGAAUAUGUGUAUCAUGCAAAUUUUUUUUUCCCCAUAAUCUUAAAGAGUUGAUGUACUAAUUUGUGAAAAUGAAAUGAAACAAAAAUUAUUUGGUCGAGUUUGAAAA